AUGGCUGGUGAAGACAUGAUCAAGAAUGUUGGCGAGGAGGUCCGGCUUGAGACUCUGAAUGGAGUCUCAGCUGAUAUCCAUGACCGUGCGACCAAGGAGAAGGCUCUGGUCAAACGAAUAGACAAGCGGAUGAUGCCCUUGAUGAUGCUUUUGUAUAUUCUCAACUACCUCGAUCGCAAUAACAUCGCCACCGCUCGACUUGGCAACUUUGAAGAGGACAUCGGUCUCGUCAACGAACAGUACAACACUGUCAUCAGUAUCUUCUUUCCUUCUGUCAUGUUCUGUUGGGCAACUGUUAGCGCUUGCACUGGAGCUGUUCAGAAUUACAAAGGCAUGAUUGCCCUUAGGUUCAUCCUCGGCUUUGUUGAGGCACCUUUCUUCCCCGGUGCUCUGUUUCUGUUCAGUUCAUGGUACACCAAGAAGGAACUGGCAGUCCGUAUCUCAGUCCUCUUUGCUGCUGGUCAAAUGGCCGGUGCUUUCGGUGGCCUUCUCGGAAGUGCUAUCAUGGCUGGGAUGGAUGGUAAAGCGGGACUUGCCAACUGGCGAUGGCUUUUCAUCAUCGAGGGAUGCGCAACGUAUCCCGCCGCGGUGGUAACCUACUUUGUCGUCCCCGACUAUCCUACCACAACGCCCUGGCUCAGUGAUGAAGAACGCAGGAUCGCCGUCCUAAGAAUGGCGGAAGAUGCAAACAAGGAAGAUGAUCGUGCGGAUGUAUCAGCAUGGAAAGGUGCAAAGAUGGCUUUUGCCGACCCUGCACUUUACAUGAUCUGGAUUAUGCAACUUGGACUAAACACUGCCGCCGCUUUCACCAACUUCUUCCCCACCAUCGUCAAGACCCUUGGAUACAGCUCGACCAUUACACUUUUGCUCUCAGCGCCGCCAUAUGUCUUUGCUGCUAUUCUGGGUAUCACCAAUUCUUGGCAUAGUGAUCGUGUCAACGAACGAUGGCUGCAUGUUGUUUGGCCGCAGGUAUUCUGCAGUGUUGGCUUCAUCAUCUCGGCUGUCACUCUCAACACUGCUGCGCGUUAUAUCGCUACAUUCAUGAUGAUGUCAAUUUAUGGUUCCUUCGGGUGUAUUCUAUCCUGGGUGUCAUCGUCGCUGCCGCGACCUUCGACAAAGCGCGCCAUUUCUUAUGCUGUUGUCAACGCUGGGUCCAACCUUGCUUCCAUCUAUGCUUCAUACUUCUACCCGUCCAUUCAGGGUCCACGAUACUGGCAGGCAAACGUGGCAAACAUAGCCUUCAGCGGGCUUUGUAUUAUUAUGGCGACUAUAUUGAGGUUUUUCCUCGCUUGGAGGAACAGAAAGUUGGAAAAGGCAAGGGAACAUGAUAUUCAGAACGAGGGUACACUUGAUGGAAGUGAGACUAGGGCUUUGACUGAGAAGUGGCAAUGUGGUUCUGAGUAUGUUUAUACUCUCUGA